AUGGCAACUCUAUUUUCUAUAAGACGCACAGUUUUCCUAGUGGUUCUGAUGUUCCAGGUUCUUCCUGCAGCGGCUGAAAUGCCCAGUCCCAGAUCGACGUGCCAGCUGAGCAGUAGCAGUGAUACCAAGUAUUUUAGGGAAGGGGACUUGAUAGUUGGAGGAAUUUUUUACAUAAAAGACUUUGCUGAAUACAAAGUUCAAACUUUCAAACAAAAGCAAAUACGUUGUAGAUGUGUAAAAGCAUCAUCAUUCAGACUCUACCGUUACCUUCUAGUUUUCAUUUAUACGAUUGGAGAGAUCAACAAGGACCCGGAGAUCUUGCCUAAUGUGACGUUGGGCUAUCAUAUCUUUGAUUCCUGUGACAAUGCAGAGAAGGCACUGGAAGGCACAUUUAGUAUUCUAUCAGGGACACAACAACUAAUCCCAAAUUACAGCUGCUGGAAAAAUAGAAAGGUUGUUGGGUUUAUAGGAGACGUGUCUUCUGUUUCUUCUCUUUCUAUGGCAUUGCUUGCAGGGAUUUACAGGUACCCUCAGAUCAGUUAUGGCUCCAGGAAUCCAGUGUUUAACGACAGAGUCCAGUUUCCUUCUUUCUACAGAACUAUCCCUGAUGAAUCGUCUGAAACUGAAACAAUUGUGAAACUGAUUACGCACUUUGGCUGGAAAUGGGUUGGGCUCAUUGUAUCUGAUGAUGAGACUGGACUUUGGGCAGUGUAUACAAUGGCACUUGCUCUCCAUAAACUGUAUAUUGAACAGAAACUGGCAAAUCACCCAGGCCAAAGAGCAGGACUACAGAUUCAUAUCAAGCCAUGGCAGUUAAAUGCUGUGAUACACAACAGGGAUUUUGAGAUGACCUCUGUUGCCAACAACCGUAUUUCAAUCAAAGGAGACCCAUCAACCCAUUAUGAAAUUGUGAAAUGUUUCUUCUCUGAAGAAGGAGGUGUCCAAACAGUGAAGGUUGGAAGCUUUGAUACAUCAAAACCUGUUGGAAAUCAGUUGUACAUCAAUACCAGUGCUGAUCUCUGGGGCCCUUACUUUACACAGAAGCCCCAAUCUCAAUGUAAUGAGCCCUGUGAGCCAGGAAACUGGAAAUGUAAAAUAGAAGGGACACCACCCUGUUGUUAUAAAUGUGCUCCAUGUGUAGAAGGGCAAAUAUCUAACAUAACAGAUGCACAGAGAUGUAUAAGAUGCUCAGAAUACCAAAAGUCUAAUACAGAGAAGAAUGGCUGUAUCCCAAAGAAUAUAAAUUACCUUUCCUAUGAAAGCAUAAUGGGUGCUACUUUAUCCUCCAUCUCUGUACUUUACUCUCUUACAUGUACUGUAAUUCUGGGAGUCUUUAUUAAAUACCGUGAGACUCCUGUGGUAAAAAUGAAUAACCAAAAUCUCAGCUGUCUCCUCCUCAUCUCUCUCACAUUGUGUUUCCUCUGCACUUUAUUAUUCAUUGGACGCCCAACUCAUAUAUGUUGUCUCCUCAGACAAGUAACAUUUGGGAUUGUAUUUACCAUUUCUGUUUCAUCUGUGUUGGCUAAAACUCUCACAGUUAUUAUUGCCUUCAAUGCCACAAAGCCUGGGAGCAAACUGACAAAGUAUGUAGGAACCCAACUGUCUAUUAUAUUAGUCAUUGCAUGUUUUUUGGGUGAAAUGAUCAUUUCAGUUGUAUGGUUGGCCUCCAAUCCUCCAUUUCCAGAGGCUGAUACCCUUUCUGAUCCAGACUAUAUUAUUCUACAGUGUAAUGAAGGGUCUGACUUUUUCUUCUUCUGUAUAAUUGGAUAUAUAGGAACCUUGGCUCUACUGAGUUUCAUUGCUGCAUUUCUAGCCAAGGAUUUCCCUGACCGAUUUAAUGAGGCUAAAAACAUCACUUUCAGUAUGUUGGUGUUCUGUAGUGUGUGGGUGACAUUUGUCCCUGCAUACCUGAGCAGUAAGGGGAGUAGAAUGGUGGCUGUUGAGAUUUUUGCCAUUUUAUCAUCCAGUGCUGGAUUAUUGGGCUGUAUAUUCAUCCCCAAGUGCUAUAUCAUAUUUCUAAGGCCUGAUCUAAACACAAAAGAUAAUCUUGUUAGAAAAAGACAAAUUUAA